CUAAAGGCGACUCUCAGCUGUACAGAAAUGUCCAGAAAAGUUUGCACAGCUGACCCGAGCCGCCUCCUCGACAGCUCUUAAUUUAGCUCGGACGGCGGUGAUGAAGGCACUGGCUGCGCGGCUUCACUCCUGUUUGGAAGCUGCGGUGACUUUUCCUCAUCAUGUCGGACCGGGGCCACGUUUCCGAUGAGGACAUCGACGAAGAUGAGAUCCUGGCUACUCUGUCGCCCGAGGAGCUCCAGCAGCUCCAGUCGGACAUGGACGAUCUGGCCCCCGAUGAACGGGUGCCGGUGGGAAUGCGACAGCGGGACCAGUCGGACAAGCCCCCGACUGGCCCCUUCGACCACCGCUCCUUAGUGGACUACUUGUACUGGCAGAAGGAGUCCACGAGAAUGCUGGACGAGGAGCGGCUGCCGGUGACGCUUCUGCCCAGUCAGAGGCAGAUGCAGGAAGACCUGGAAAACGGAUACGAUAACGAAGAGAAUGCUGGGGCUGGCAUGUUAGCAGAGGAGAAUGAGCCUGAAAAGCAAGUUGGGCGUCUGCCAGUGGCUUUCCAGCAGGAGAACGACAUCCAGGAAUCUCGUGGGGAACCGGAGAGAGGCAAGGUCAAGACUACGAAGCCAGCCGAGUGUGUGGCAGCUGAAAGUCGAGAUGCGGAACAAACCACCGAGGGCAGAAGCCGCGAAUCCCUGCAGCCGGCCUCGACGAUUCAAGAAAGCUCCGCCGAGGAGGAAAGGAAGCCGCCUGCCGAGAGCCAGGAAAAAAAAGCCCUGCCAAAAGUGUCCAAGUUAAAGCUGCCAGAAAAGCUGGCCCUGGGGGGCAACCUUAUCAAGCUGACAGCCCGGCCGUCGGGAAAUGAAACCAAUUUAGAAACAACCUUGGAUAAGAUUCGAAAAAACAGUGCUGAAAUCCGAGAGGUGAAUUUAAAUAAUAUCGAAAACAUUCCCAAGGAUAUGCUGAUGGAUUACGUAAAUGCACUGAAAAAGAACAAACACGUGGCAACCUUUAGCAUCGCCAACACCGGGGUGGACGACACGGUCGCUUACUCCUUGGCUAACAUGCUUCGUGAGAACAAGAGUAUCAGAACGCUUAACAUAGAGUCCAAUGUCAUUUCUGGCAAAGGAGUGGUGGCCAUUAUCAGAUGUCUGCAGUUCAACGAGACGCUCACCGAGCUUAGGUUUCAUAACCAGAGGUACAUGCUCGGGCACCAGGCCGAGAUGGAGAUAUCCAGGCUGCUGAAGGCAAACCACACGUUGCUUAAGAUGGGCUAUCAUUUCGAGCUGCCUGGGCCGAGAAUGGUGGUAACGAACUUACUGUCCCGAAAUCUCGACAGGCAGCGGCAGAAAAGAUUUGAAGAACAAAAGAGGCAACAGGUGGUCAAAGAAGAGCAGGACAUGCUGGCCUUCCUGGAGAACAGCGCCAGCCUCCCACCAGCAUUCUGGGAGAUGCUCGAUGGAUGCUUGCCUCCGAUGGCUGCCCUGCAGGAAAGUCCGCCUAAGGAGCUGAGCUUCCCGCUGAAAGUGAAGGUGAAGAAGGAGGUGGCCCAGAUGCCCGCACGCAGCAACUCUCCGACAAAUCCUCUGAAAGAUUUCAAACUGAAGAAAGUCUCCAAACACCGGGAGACAAACAGGGCGGCCGAUGGGAAUGAAAAGCAAAACCUCAAGGAGGUGAUAAAGACCCUAAAGCCCGUUCCCAGGAGACGGCAACCUCCGAAGGUGCAGCUCACGCCCAGAGAUGAACUACUAAGUGAAAUCCGUCAGAGCAACAUUGCUUAUCUCAAACCGGUGCCACUGCCAAAGGUUUUGGAGUCGAGCGAGACCAGUUUAUUCUGAAAGGGUCCGGUCUCUCUCAACUGGAAAUGGAUCUGUGACUCGACCGUGGGCACUGCAGUUCUUCUCAAAAGGCUCAAAUGGCAGCUUGGAUGUUCUUUUGUGUUUUUACUGCAGUGGAAAGCAGGAGAGAUCCUUUGUUACCAGGGGGACAGUCCAUUAUUUAAUAUACUUCAUUAAAAUCAACUGUGGUUACAAGUUCCACUUGUAAGUGCAUGUGAAUCACUGCCCAACAGACGGUUGGACCCCCGAAAUGGAUCCACAUCACCGAGUGAGUAAUAAAGGCCCACGCCACAUUCAAACCAAACUUCGGAGAAUUAAAAGUUGACAGUAACAUCUGCAAAAACAGAGGAUCAGCGAACCUCAGCUAAAACUGGGAUUUAAGGUUAAAAUUCAACAAAACGAUAUCCUUCAGAAGACCACCCCAAUGAAUGGAAGACCUCACAGUACCAGGGUGCUCGGUUUGAAACCCAGCCUGUGUGAAGGUUGCCUGUUCACCCAAAGGUUAAUUGGCAAAUCUAAACUGGCCCGGUCUAAAUGUGUGUGGGUGUGCCCUGGUACCCACUCCACGGUGGGUUCCUGCAUCGCAUCCAGUGCUGCCAGGAUGGGCACUGGCUCUUCAACUUCAAAACUGGAUAUGCAGACUAGAAAAACGAAGGGAUGAAUGAGUUCUGCUUUCAGCUACAUUUAAGUCUUCAGCACGAACAAGAGUCAAAUACACACAAUUUGAUACGGACGACGUCGGGUUUCUUCUUUUUCUUUUUAACAAAGUAGAUUUUUGCUGAAUAAAUGUGCAUAAAGUGUAA